AUGGCCUCAGUCUUCCAGGGUAGCGACGUAGACGACGUGCUGGACAGUAUGUUUGCUCAAAUCAAAACACAUGUGGAGCAUCCUGUGCUACCUCGGAGCGGCUUUACGAUUAGUCGAAUCCUACACCUUGAUGUAGAUUUCCAUAAUUUGUGGCUAACAAGGGGUUCAUCAUAUAUUGCAGCACCAAAAUGGAUAGUUUCCAAGAAUGCCAUCAUUAACCCAAAAAAUGGGAAUGAGGAGUGUUUCAGGUGGGCUGUUAUAGCAUCCUUACACUAUACCGAGGUGGAAAAAGAUGCACAAAGAAUCACUAAGCUGAGGCCCUACGUAGACCUAUAUAAUUGGGAGGGUAUAGAGUUUCCGACAAGCAUCAAGAGCGAGAUGAAUAAUAAGGCCAUUGCAGUGAAUGUCCUAUACGUGACGGGAAAGAAGAUUAAUAUACUGAGACGAUCGGAGCACAGUGGACGUAGCAAGCAGGUGAACCUGCUGCUUAUGACGGAUGACAAAAAGACCCACUACACAGCUGUCAAAAGCCUAUCGCGCCUCCUAGUUAAAUCGAGGGACAAGCACCAUGGCUACUGCAAGGAACACGGGGCAGUUAAAAUUACGAUGCCAACAGAGGCUGAAAAAUGGCUAUACUAUAGGGAUGGCCAACAACAAUUCAAAGUACCUUUUGCCAUAUAUGCGGACUUCGAGAGUCUACUCAUCCCGGUAGAGGAUGCCAGGGAGACCAAGACUAAAAAGCUGAGUAAGCACGUACCAUCUGGAUGGUGUACACACUCAAAAUUCGCCUAUGGGGAUGUACCGGAUCCGCUAACAGUCUACAGGGGUGAGGACUGUAUGACGAGGUUCGUGAACCACCUGGAGGAUGAAGUUAAAAGACUAUACAAUACCUACCCGCAGCAACCCAUGCUACCUCUAACAGAAGUCCUGAAAAUAAAACAUGACGAGGCAUCGAAAUGUCAUAUCUGCAUGAAACCCUUUGACGGCUGCGAGUAUAGCCGUAAAGUUCAGAUCAUUGCCACUAUACGUGGCUGGUACGACGCACACCUGUUUAUCUUAGAAUUGGGAGAGAAGUACGACACCCAGGACAUUGGUUGUAUAGCCGAAAAUACCGAUAAGUAUAUUAUCUUCAACGUUAAAAUCAAGGUACCCCUUGCAGGUAUGGGGUACGGAGAUGGCGAGAAGUACAAGACCAUAGAGGUUAGGUUUAUCGACCCUUGUCGAUUCAUGGCAUCAAGCCUAGACAAAUUGGCAAGCAGCCUCAACGAUGAACAGUGCAAAAAGGGUGAUAACGUUACUAUGGGCGAUUAUCACGAUGUGUACCUCAGCACAGACGUCCUGCUAUUAGCCGACGUGUUUGAAACGUUUCGAGACGUGUGCUUGAUAAACUAUAAGCUUGAUCCUGCACACUUUUACAGUGCAACUGUCUUGGCCUAG